AAGGGCCGAGGUCAAAAGAGAAAGCCUUUGGUUUCCUUAUUCCAGAACUAAAAUUGCUCUUCCUCGAGAGUCAAUUGAUACUUCUCAUUCAUCAACGAUAAGAGACAGAUAGGCAACAGAGUUUCAUUACAGAUUCCACGACCGCCUACGACCUUCUUCUCCUUUCUUGUACGGACCAAACCCCCUCCCCAAUCAUCAUUCUCAACUUCUUCGAUUCGGAUCCAUUCUCUCAAUCCUCGAUUUCUCCGACUGGCAGAGCAAUGGCUAGCUCAAAGGGAACACAGAGCGUGAAAGACUUGAUGCACCCAGGCAAAAACGCUUUGCUCCCUCCAAAGAUUCCGUUUCCUACCGUAUCAGCACCAUACUCAGAGUAUAUCCCGCUUGGUUCAAGGCACCACGGUCACAAACUAAAUGAUGAGAAACCGCACCACCACCAUCAUCAUCAGCGGACUUCCUCCGAGAGCGAUUUGGUAGAAGAGCCUCCGUUCUGGCUAGAUGAUCUUCUCAAUGAGCCGGAGAGCCCUGUUCGCAAAUGCGGUCAUCGGCGUUCGUCAAGUGACUCUUACGCUUACCUAGACAUGGCUAAUGCGAAAAACAUAAGCUUGACUCUCCAAAACGAUUUCAGCUAUAGGAAUACAGGUUCUUCCACUCAAAGAGGAGGGGUUCAUGAGCUUGAUUGGAACCAUAAUGCUCAGGGCGCUGCCUUCUACUCUGAUUCUAAUUUUCUUAAACAGACGAAUCGACAGAGGGAUUCUUUGGUGGUGGCAUCUGGUCCUCGUCCUUCUUGGCAACCUUUCACUCGAGAGAGUGUUGGUGGCAAACACAUGGGAUCAUCAUCAUAUAUGCCUCAAGAAGCACCAGAGACAAAGAACUACGCCAAAACUCUUUCCCAUGACGCUAAAAAGUUCUCUCCUGAACAAAAAAACUCCAAUGCUCAGCCGGUGACUAUUGAUGCUGACAAUACAAGACGUGCCAAACAGCAAUUUGCACAACGAUCACGGGUCCGUAAGCUCCAGUACAUAUCUGAACUAGAAAGGACUGUACAAGCAUUGCAGGCAGAAGGCUCAAAAGUUUCAGCUGAUCUUGAUUUUCUCAAUCAGCGGAAUCUUAUUCUGAGUAUGGAAAAUAAAGCUCUUAAGCAGCGUCUAGAAAGCAUAGCGCAGGAGAAGCUGAUCAAACAGAUGGAACAGGAGCUGUUGGAGAAAGAAAUUGGAAGACUACGUGCUCUGUAUCAGCAGCAGCAACAAACUCAGCAACCACCAGCAAGUCACAAACGUGCCAGUAGCAAAGAUCUUGACUCUCAGUUCUCGAGUCUUUCCUUAAACAGCAAGGAUUCCAACUCUAGCCGCGACUCUGUAUCAGUGACGAGUCAAUUUCACUUUUAGUCAAUGAAUCUCUCUCUACCACCAACUGGUUCAUUAGAUCUUUAAGGGCCUGGCGUUUCAACAAGAGCAGGUCAAUCACUUUUUCCGUUUCCUGUAUUAUUUCCAGCACUUGCUUGAGGUGGGUUUAGUUGGAAGAUCAAGACACCUCGACUUCAUUUAUUGUAGCGACUUGUGCUGUGGGACGAAUGUAUCGGAACCCUGACAAAAGUAGUAACACUGAUAUGUGGAGUUGUACUAUGAUAUCUACUGUCUGUUUGUUUGUUUGUAUUUUAUGUUACUGGUAAAAUGGUGCAUCCCCUUCGAGUGAAUGCUUCAUGUAAAGUUGAUGACAUUCUCUGUUGUGAGGUCUUUCAAGUGUCGAGUCGAGAUCUUUUAUUGCUUCAGAAUUUGCCUUGGCACUUGUAUCUACA